ACAAGCAAUUGCCUUAAUGUUUUUCCUAACAUUAAAUUGGUUUGAUUAAUUAAUUAAGCCCAAAGUAGUAUUAGCCCAGAACCCCCACAUUCACGACCCUCCCCUGCCCCUGUAUGAAUUAAAUAUUAAUCGAAACCAAUAAUACCAAACAAAAAGUAAAGUUAUACUAACCAACACGACCCCCAAUAAGUCCCAUACCUUGAAAGUUCUCGUCCAUGUGCUGGCCCACCCUGAGUAUCGAGAGAUUUUGCGAUUUUAUUUUAAAAAUGAUUUCUAUUAGUAAUUGCUUUUUAUUAUUCUUCAAGAUUUUAUGAAACUUCGAGGCUUAAAAUCGAAACUAUUUUUGACAAACUGUAAAUGCGAUGAUAUCAAAUUCUGGUUAAUGUUGUUCGGUUGCCAUACAACAAUAAAUGGUGGUAACCAUAAAUAAUUACGACGUUAUUUGAAACAUUAUUUCAUGCUUACCUGGCAAAUGAUGAGAAUCAUGCAGAUGUUUAAGCACCCUUCUCUAUAUAUUUAUAUGGCUACGUGUGCAUGUACAUUAAGAAAAAAAAAACAGUGUAACAUCAUUAACCGUUGAUCAUUUAUACAAUAUUCGUGUGCUCGCUGGUUAAGGGCGAUAUCACGUAAUAAAUUAUUUGGAAGGGGUUCAUUUCGAUCCUAAUAUUAUAGCUGACUUCGACUCAUAACAAUUACUUGUUUGUUUGCUAAAAAUCUAAACUAUUUCAAACUGUCAUGUAUGAAUGCAGUUUACAUUUUUUAAUUUUUUGUUUUUAUUUAUUACUUAUUGUUAUCUCAACUCAUUUUGAUAAUGGACUACGUGUUUCAUUCCUCGUAUACUUCCGAUAUUAUUUUCAUCUUUAUUAAUUUAGUCACUUCAAAGUGACCGCCAAUUUAUAAUAUAUAUGUAAUAGUAGAUAUCUAUAAGGUCGAAACGAACUUGACAUGGUUUAUUAUAAUUGACAUAGUUUUUUGAUUAUGAGAAGACAAAUUUGUAUAUUAUUUAUUUAUUGUUUCAUCACGAAUGCUCACCCUCAACCCUAUUUAUUUAGUAACAUUUGAAAUCAUCUAAUUGUUAGAUGCAACAAUGUUUGUUUAAACAUUAUCUCAAGGAAAUACAGUAAUUGUUCGAGUUUCUCGAAUUAGUAUGUUUUUAAUUAAGGUGGGGACAUUUUUGGGUAACUCCAGCUCAGAUCAGAUACUCGACUAACUGUAGCUUUCUAGGUACCAUAAAUGAAACCUUCAACGUUCCUUCAAUGGUAUUUUGAAGUAGAAACAACGCAAACAACAAUUUCGACUAUAUAUCGUGUUAUGAUAAGUAUUUUUAAAAAAUUUACAAGGCGAAGUAUGACGUUAUUCGAUUGGGAUAGUAUUUAAGUAGAUAACAUUAGGACUCUAAUUAGUCCGAGCAACUUUCACCUGUAAUAGUGUGAUGUUUUGUCACAUUCCGUUAUUAUUUAAUGGUAACUAAUUGGUAAAAACGUUAAUAAGUUCUGGUGACUGGCUGGGUUUGUACUGGACAAUGAAGGCGAUUUUUGAAAUAGUUAUCCUCGCUCUAUUCUUCGCCCAUCCUGUCUAUCCGCAGGGGGAUGAAGUCGAUUAUUACGAAAAUCUCAUCAUUCAAAACACUGUACAAACAAGUACAUAUCAAAGACCAGAAUUUUGUUCCGAGUUCAACGUCAGAAAUACCGAUGAAGCACCCGUUGCCAUCGGGAGUUACGAUUUCGUGGUUGUUGGUGGAGGAUUGGCGGGCAGUGUGAUCGCUGGUAGACUGACAGAGAGACCGGAUGUGUCCGUCCUGGUUCUAGAAGCCGGCAAAAGAGAAAACGAUUACGUCGAUAUCCCUGCUAUGGACGGGUUUCUCAAGAAUUCCGAGUACAAUUGGGGAUUCAGGACGGUUCCCCAGAAAGUUGCUUGCAGAGAUCAACCAGGAUUCCGCUGUGACUACCCACGAGGUAAAAUCUAUGGUGGUUCCACUGGCAUAAACGGUCUGGCAAAUAUCCGUGGAAACUGGCGAGACUACGACAAAUGGGCCGCAAUGGGCAACAAGGGAUGGUCCUUCGACGACGUUCUCCCCUACUUCAAAAAAUACGAAAACGCGUCCUCUCUUGUUGGUAUCGACGCGGAAUACCACGGAUUUUCAGGACCAGUCACCCUCGAAAACUACAAAACCCCAUCCAAUAUCACUAAAACCUUCAUGGAAGCGAUGGGUUUAUUCGGCUACCCGAUCACAGACUACAAUGCCAAAAAUCUUUUUGGUAUUAAUUACAAUCAAUUCACUCAGAGAAACGGCAGAAGAUUGACGAGCGCAGCGGCGUACCUGUUCCCCAACGAAGACAGGAAGAACCUGAAGGUAAAAACGGAAUGUUACGUCACGCAUAUUUUGAUGGACCAACGCGGAAAAAGAACGAACGGGGUCGAGUUCAUACACAACAACAGAAAAUACAUCGUCACAGCAACCAAAGAGGUAAUCAUGGCCGCCGGUUCCAUCCAAACUCCACAGAUCAUGAUGCUUUCGGGCCUUGGGCCGAAAGAACAACUGGACAAAUUCAGUAUUCCCGUUCUAAAGAAUCUGCCCGUUGGAAAGAACAUGUUGGACCAGUUUUACGUUCAAAGGGCCAUGAACGUCACCACGAACUAUACAGAGGAGAAGAGAACCAUAAGAAGCGACGUGGUCCAAUAUCUGCAAGGUUUUGGUAGACUGACCAUCAACGUUGGAAACAUUGAAGCGAUCGGAUUCAUUGAACACAAGAGAUAUCCUGUAACUGAAAUCAAUGUGAUUCCAACGUCAGCGGUCUAUGCCGUGGAAAACAAGGAAGUGAGGAUCACAGGGGGUAAAUACGCUGUUGCUCAAGCUGGAGGAAUUCUUCUUCAUGCAAAAUCAGUUGGACAGGUGACCCUGCAAUCAGCAGAUCCUUUGGACUUCCCCCUGAUCGAUCCCAAUUAUCUCACUGAAGAAGACGACAUGAAUGCUCUUGUAGAAACGCUAGAUUUUCUGGUGGAUGUCUACGAAUCCGGUCCAUUACAAAAAUAUAACACCACAGUCGUUCCAGAGAGUACCUAUUGUAAAGAUUACGAGUUUAGAAGUUUUGAUUAUUGGAAAUGCGUUAUCCAACACUACGGUACGACCAUUUAUCAUCCCGUGGCCACGUGCAAAAUGGGUCAAAGUCACGAAACGUCAGUCGUAAACGAUAAACUGCUAGUUCACGGUACGGAAAACUUGAGGAUAGUGGACGCCAGCGUCAUACCGUCUUCAAUUUCUGGUCAUUUGAUGCCUGCAGUUUAUAUGGUAGCCGAAAAAGCUGCCGACAUUAUAAAGCAUCGCUAUAGGAAAACUAAAUCUUUUGACUGCACAACCCAUUAGUCUGAUUGUUUAAGUUAAUUGUUAGUUAGUAUUAGUAGAUUAUGUUUAUUUUUUCAUAAUUAUUUAACGCACUCUUGUAGGGGUAAUAAAUUAUAAUUUUUAUUAA